GUAAACCCCAUUAAAUCGCAAACAAAACCCUAGAAUUGAAACGGAGGAGGUUUUGAUCGAGAAGACCGCCGCCGGAGCGCCAUGGGCAUUGAUCUCGUCGCCGGUGGCCGGAGCAAGAGGGUUAAGCGCACCGCUCCAAGGUCCGAUGAUGUCUACCUCAAGCUCCUCGUCAAGCUUUAUAGGUUUCUGGUGAGGCGAACUGGUAGCAAGUUCAAUGCGGUGAUCUUGAAGCGGCUCUUCAUGAGCAAGACUAACCGACCUCCCAUCUCCCUCCGCAGACUUAUCAAGUUCACCGCCGAAAAGGAGGAUAAGAUUGCUGUUGUGGUCGGCACUGUGACAGAUGAUAAGAGGGUUUGUGAGGUGCCAGCAAUGAAGGUGACUGCACUGAGGUUCACCGAAACGGCGCGGGCUAGGAUUGUCAAGGCUGGUGGGGAAUGUCUCACCUUUGAUCAGCUCGCCCUUCGAGCUCCUCUCGGGCAGAACACGGUUCUUCUCAGAGGUCCCAAGAAUGCCAGGGAAGCUGUCAAACACUUUGGCCCUGCUCCUGGUGUGCCACACAGCAGCACUAAACCUUAUGUCCGCUCCAAGGGUAGGAAGUUUGAAAAGGCUAGAGGAAGAAGGAACAGCAGGGGAUUUAGGGUUUGAGUCAUCAAACUUGUCAAGUCUGGCUUUCACCCGGCGAAACUAUCUUAUUUUCCUCAUUGAAAUUCUCUUUACCAUGUUUCCAGUUUUGCGUGUUGAAUCCAAUUUUGAUUUUAACAUUAAGACAACUUAUUGGAAAUCCAUUUUUCUGAUCA